AUGAGUGUGAGGAGGGAGCACUCACAGCCUGCUGUGGGAACACAGACAAGAGUGGCCAUCAUUCAGAGGGCGCACUCACACCCUGCUGUGGGAACACAGAUAAGUGUGGCCAUUCUGGAGAGGGAGCACUCACACCCUGCUGUGGGAACACAGAUAAGUGUGGCCAUUCUGGAGAGGGAGCACUCACACCCUGCUGUGGGAACACAGAUAAGUGUGGCCAUUCUGGAGAGGGAGUACUCACACCCUACUGUGGGAACACAGAUAAGUGUGGCCAUUCUGGAGAGGGAGCACUCACACCCUGCUGUGGGAACACAGAUAAGUGUGGCCAUUCUGGAGAGGGAGCACUCACACCCUGCUGUGGGAACACAGAUAAGUGUGGCCAUUCUGGAGAGGGAGCACUCACAGCCUGCUGUGGGAACACAGAUAAGUGUGGCCAUUCUGGAGAGGGAGCACUCACACCCUGCUGUGGGAACACAGAUAAGUGUGGCCAUUCUGGAGAGGGAGCACUCACAGCCUGCUGUGGGAACACAGAUAAGUGUGGCCAUUCUGGAGAGGGAGCACUCACACCCUGCUGUGGGAACACAGAGAGGUGUGGCCAUUCUGGAGAGGGAGCACUCACACCCUGCUGUGGGAACACAGAGAGGUGUGGCCAUUCUGGAGAGGGAGCACUCACACCCUGCUGUGGGAACACAGAGAGGUGUGGCCAUUCUGGAGAGGGAGCACUCACACCCUGCUGUGGGAACACAGAGAGGUGUGGCCAUUCUGGAGAGGGAGCACUCACACCCUGCUGUGGGAACACAGGCAAAGGUGGUCAUUAUUGAGAAGAUGCCAACCUCACAGAUGACAGGAGAUGGUGGUCCAGAGGGAGACACACACCCUUCCACAGCCUACCUCCUGCCCUCUGCCUCUCUGGAGAGCAACCUGGAAGAGGAGGUGACAUCAGCAGCCCCAGGUCCCCUGCCCUCCCAGAAAGCACUGGAAACACUGGAGGGGUCGUUGCCCCCUGCAGUCCCUGAUGAGGCCAGUGUCCAGCACACCCCAGCCCUCAGGAAGAACCUGCCAUCCCUGAAGCAACUCAACUCUGCCCGGAGGCAGCUAAGGCCCCUGGCCACCCCAACAACCCUGCAGAGACUAGGGUCCUCCACCUCGGCCACCACAAAGCCUCAUGUGCCCGGAGACGCUGAACAGCCCACAGCACCUGCGCCACUACAGAUCGUGCCCUUCACCACGCUGGUGACCACACUCCCAAACAGCCCAGAGCCCGCACAGUCCCCGGAUGACAGCAGCCCGGGGAGCCCGAUGGACAAGGGUGACAAUGAGCUGACGGGGUCUGCCUCUGAGGAGAGCCAGGAGACCACCACAUCCACCAUCAUCACCACUACCAUCAUCACCACGGAGCAGGCCCCAGCUCUCUGCAGUGUGAGCUUUUCUGACCCCGAGGGAUACAUGGACUCCAGUGAUUUCCCGCCUCAGCCCUUGGGCAGCUUCCUGGAAUGCACAUACAAUGUGACGGUCUACACUGGCUAUGGAGUGGAAUUGCAGGUGAAAAGUGUGAACCUGUCUGAGGGGGAGCUGCUCUCCAUCCGUGGGGUGGACGGCCCCACCUUGACAGUCCUAGCCAACCAGACUCUCCUGGUGGAAGGCCAGGUGAUCCGUAGCCCCACCAAUGCCAUCUCUGUCUACUUCCGGACCUUCCAGGAUGACGGCCUUGGGACCUUCCAGCUGCACUACCAGGCUUUCAUGCUGAGCUGCAGCUUUCCCCGCCGGCCUGAAGCUGGAGAUGUCACAGUGAUGGAUCUGCACUCUGGUGGGGUGGCCCACUUCCACUGCCACCUGGGCUACGAGCUGCAGGGAGCCAAGACUCUGACCUGCAUAAAUGCCUCCAAACCCCACUGGAGCAGCCAGGAGCCUGUCUGCUCAGCCCCGUGUGGAGGAGCCGUGCACAACGCCACCAUUGGCCGAGUUCUCUCCCCAAGUUACCCUGGAAACACCAAUGGCAGCCAGCUCUGUGUGUGGACCAUUGAGGCCCCAGAGGGUCAGAAGCUGCACCUGCAUCUUGAAAGGCUAAUGCUUCAAGAGAAGGACAGGAUGAUUGUCUACAGUGGACUGACAAACACAUCAGCCCUGCUGUAUGACUCUCUCCGAACGGAAAGCGUGCCCUUUGAGGGCCUGCUGAGUGAGGGCAGCAGCAUCCGCAUCGAGUUCACAUCCGACCAGGGCCAGGCAGCCUCCGCCUUCAACAUCCGCUUUGAGGCCUUUGAGAAAGGUCACUGCUACGAACCCUACAUCCAAAACGGGAACUUCACCACGUCAGACCCCACCUAUAACAUCGGCACCAUUGUGGAGUUCACCUGUGACCCUGGCCACUCUCUGGAGCAGGGGCCAGCUGUCAUUGAGUGUGUCAACGUGCGUGACCCAUACUGGAAUGACACGGAGCCUCUAUGCAGAGCCAUGUGUGGUGGGGAACUCUCUGCUGUGGCUGGAGUGGUGCUAUCUCCAAACUGGCCCGAGCCCUAUGCAGAAGGCGAAGACUGUGUUUGGAAGAUCCACGUCGGGGAGGAGAAGCGGAUCUUCUUGGACAUUCAGUUCCUGAACCUGAGCAACAGUGACAUCCUGACCAUCUAUGAUGGUGAUGAGGUUGUGCCCCAUGUCCUGGGCCAGUACUUUGGCAACAGCAGCCCUCAGAAGCUAUACUCCUCCACACCGGACCUCACCAUCCAGUUCCACUCGGACCCUGCUGGCCUCAUCUUUGGCAAGGGCCAGGGAUUUAUCAUGAACUAUAUAGAGGUGUCACGGAACGACUCCUGCUCAGACUUGCCUGAGAUCCAGAAUGGCUGGAAAACCACUUCCCACACAGAGCUGGUCAGGGGAGCCCGGAUCACAUACCAGUGCGACCCAGGCUAUGACAUCGUGGGGAGCGACACCCUCACCUGCCAGUGGGACCUGAGUUGGAGCAGUGACCCCCCAUUUUGUGAAAAAAUUAUGUACUGCACCGACCCUGGGGAGGUGGAGCACUCCACCCGCCUCAUCUCUGACCCUGUGCUACUGGUGGGCACCACCAUCCAGUAUACCUGCAGCCCCGGGUUUGUGCUUGAAGGGAGCUCACUUCUCACCUGCUACAGCCGUGAGACGGGGACUCCCAUCUGGACAUCUCGCCUGCCCCACUGUGUCUCUGAGGAGUCCCUGGCAUGUGACAAUCCUGGGCUGCCUGAGAAUGGGUAUCAGAUCCUGUAUAAGCGGCUGUACCUGCCUGGAGAGUCCCUCACCUUCAUGUGCUACGAGGGCUUCGAGCUCAUGGGUGAAGUGACCAUCCGCUGUAUUCUGGGACAGCCGUCCCAUUGGAGCGGGCCCCUGCCCAUCUGCAAAGUUAAUCAAGACAGUUUCGAGCAUGCCCUGGAAGCAGAAGCGGCAGCAGAAUCUUCACUGGAAGGUGGGAACAUGGCGCUGGCCAUCUUCAUUCCGGUCCUUCUCAUCUCCUUGCUACUGGGAGGAGCCUACAUCUACGUCACAAGGUGCCGACAAUACUCCAGCCUCCGCCUGCCCCUCAUGUAUUCCCAUCCCUACAGCCAGAUCACCGUGGAAACUGAGUUUGACAACCCCAUCUAUGAGACUGGGGAAACGAGAGAGUACGAAGUCUCCAUCUAA